AUGAUGGUCUUAGCUGACAGAAGCACAUUGGAGGAAGUGCGAAGGGCACAGCGGGCGGAGGGUCUGGCGACCGUGCUCGCAAUCGGCACGGCCGUCCCGGCCAACUGCGUGUACCAGGCCACCUACCCGGACUACUACUUCAGGGUCACCAAAAGCGAGCACCUUUCGGACCUCAAGGAGAAGUUCGAGAGGAUGUGCGAGAAGUCCACGAUCAGGAAGAGGCACAUGCACCUCACCGAGGAGAUCCUCAAAAAGAACCCCAGCCUCUGCUCCCACAUGGAGCCGUCGCUCGACACGCGCCACGACAUUGUCGUCGUCGAGGUCCCCAAGCUCGGGAAAGAGGCGGCAGAGAGGGCCAUCAAGGAGUGGGGCCAGCCGCUGUCGAAGAUCACCCACGUCGUCUUCUGCACCACCUCCGGCGUGGACAUGCCGGGCGCCGACUACCAGCUGACCAGGCUUCUCGGCCUUUCGCCUACCGUCAAACGCCUCAUGAUGUACCAGCAAGGCUGCUUCGGCGGUGCCACCGUGCUCCGCAUGGCCAAAGACAUCGCCGAGAACAACCGCGGCGCACGCGUGCUGGUGGUCUGCUCGGAGAUCACCGCCAUGGCAUUCCGUGGCCCCUCCAAGUCCCAUUUGGAUUCGCUGGUCGGACAUGCGCUCUUUGGCGAUGGCGCGGCCGCUGCCAUCAUUGGUGCCGACCCCGACGAGCCCUUCGAGAAGCCACUCUUCCAGCUGGUAUCAGCGAGCCAGACCAUCCUGCCCGGCUCCGAGGAUGCCAUCAACGGCCACCUUACAGAGGCAGGGCUCACCAUCCACCUUCUGAAGGACGUGCCCGGGCUCAUCUCCGAGAACAUCGAGCAAGCGCUCGAGGACGCCUUCAAGCCUCUUGGCAUCCACAACUGGAACUCCAUCUUCUGGAUUGCACACCCAGGCGGGCCGGCGAUCCUGGACAUGGUUGAGGAGAAAGUUGGCCUUGAUAAGGAACGCAUGCGCGCCAGCCGAGAGGUCUUGUCGGAGUACGGCAACAUGUCCAGCGCAUGUGUCCUCUUCGUCCUCGACGUGAUGCGUAAGACCUCUUCCCAGGAUGGCCAAGCAACCACUGGAGAGGGUAAGGAGUGGGGUGUCCUCUUUGGCUUCGGCCCCGGCCUCACCGUCGAGACACUCGUCCUCUACAGCGUCCCGAUCACAGCCACUGCAUGA